CGGCUAGAAUACUUCAAGGACUGGAACAAUUAUCUUGAAUUUCUUUUGAAUGCAUUGGCCAUGACGUAUUCGGCUCUAACGCUCGUUCUGCAUGUGGAUCACCAUUACGUUGGAUUGGGAGUCAUCGUGAUGUUUCUGGCUUGGUUCAAUUUUCUCCUUCAGAUGAUGCGUUUCAACCACGUCGGCAUAUAUGUCGUCAUGUUUCUUCAUGUGUUCGCAACCGUGGGGAAGUGCUUGGUAGUUUUCUCUGUAGUCUUCGUCGCUUUUGCGCUCUCGUUCCACGUACUUUUUCGUGUCCCGCAGUACAAAAACUGUUUUGGCCCUCGAGGACAAUUCGAAGCGUUGGGGAAUGGUAACAGCACACAAACAUCCGUGACCGUGGAGCUCCAAUCGUUUCAAUACGUCGGACUCUCUUUGUUCAAAACACUGUUCAUGAUGCUUGGUGAAUAUGAACACACGGCAACAAUUGUUGAACCGCUGACCGGUCACAGUCCGCUGUCAAUACACUAUCCAGUCAUAACAUUAUUUUUCUACGUGGGGUUUAUUUUCCUCGUGCCCAUCAUACUAAUGAACCUGCUGCUCACCCGGCGUUUGUCAGUGUUAGAGGUUGGAACCCACGGUUUUCGAGUGUCCUGUAAUUCAUGGGCACGUAAAUCACGCGUGGAUCACCGGGAGUGCGUAUCUCACAAAUCCCAAGAUAUACUCGAACUGACAACAUUCCCGCUAGUAAUGACGAUAUUCUUGAUGAUAUCCUUCGACUGUCGAGGAGUCUUCGACAAACUUAUCGGAUUAGCAGUCGGUGAUAUUGAACAUGUUCGCCAAAGUUCAGUCCUACGUCUGAUCUCUCAACAAGUCUAUUGGUUAGCUGAUUGGGAGCCCAAGCUCAUGUCUAUUUUCCGAUCGAAAAUCUACUCCCCGCACUGGAAACGCAAGUGCAAAAGAGAUGCAAAUGUCACCCACCGUAGAACCCGUUCAUCUAGCAUCCGUUUUGGCCGUAACAUCUGCGCGUCAGCCAACACUGACAGCCUUGGGCGUCUCAAAAUCAAUAGUCUAGCCUCGACGCCCGGUCUAUCUGGUUGCUUUAAACGUUCGCACUAUGAAUCAUGUAGGAUUACAAGCUUUUCUUGCUUUCAUACUGGACUCGCUUGA